UCCAAAAUGUUCACUUCUGUUCUGAGGCUGCUUCUAGUUUGAACCAGACCCAAUAGCGGCAAUUAGCAGAAUCCCCGAUCUCAUGUUUCUUCAUCACCGUCUCAGAACUCUUCUCUACUCCCAAACCCCAAAAUGUCACCUUCUUCAGAGAUUCCACCACUCUUUCAAUUCCUUCUCCACCGCCACUUCAGAUUCAUCUCAACAACCCUUCACAGUCUCCUACCUCACCAACAAUCUCGGUUUAUCUCCACAAGACGCUCUCAAAGCAUCCAAACGACUCCGUUUCACAACCCCCGAAAAACCCAACUCCGUCCUCACCUUCUUCAAAACCCACGGUUUCUCCAAUCACCAGAUACAGUCCAUCAUCCUCAAAGCCCCAGCACUCUUAUCAUCCAACCCCACCAAAACCAUUCUCCCAAAGUUCCAAUUUUUAGCCUCCAAAGGCGCUUCCCCCUCUGACAUAGCCGCCACCGUCACCAGAAGCCCCCAUUUCCUUGGCUCAAGCCUGAAACGUAUUAUCCCUUCUUUUGAAUUGGUAAGAAGUUUCUGUCCCUCUGAUCAAAAAGCUAUUACUUCAAUCAUUUUUUGUCCCUCUUCCAUUUCUGAUAUCCGCAUGAAACCAAAUCUUCAAUUUUUACUCGAUUCCGGUGUCACUCCUUCCAGCAUUUACCGUUUGCUUUGUUCUAGACCUUCUGUAAUUUGUUCUACUGAUUUGAGAAAGGCUGUGGACGAGAUUAAGGAAUUAGGGUUUGAUCCUUCCAAAUACAAUUUUUGUGUGGCAUUACUUGCUAAGAAGGCUAUCUCUAAAUCCCAAUGGGAUGCUAAAGUUGAUGCCUUGAAGAGUUGGGGUUGUUCUCAAGAUGUGAUUUUUGAUGCCUUUAAAAGACAGCCUAACUUUAUGCUACGGUCGCCGGACAAGCUCAACGCGGUGAUGCGGUUUUGGGUCGAGGAGCUUGGUUGGGAUCCUUCAUUGCUACUGGCAGCACCGGAUCUUUUUGGAUUUAGUAUAAAGAAAAGGUUUAUUCCGAGGGCUUCUGUUGUUAGGUAUCUACUUUCCAAUGGUUUGAUGAAGAAGGAUGCUAGCUUAGUAACGCCGUUUUAUCCGUCCGAUGAGUUGUUCCUGCAAAGGUAUGUGAAACGGUUUGAGGAUGAAGCAUCUAGCCUAUUAAAGCUAUAUCAAGGGUAGGAUGCUAGCAUCUGGUGUUUGGAUAAGUUGUCAAAAACAUAUUUUGUUGUAAUUGAAUAAACCAGCCAUAUUAUGUUUAUUCAUCUUGUUAUACUUUAGUUGUGCUGUUCCACUUGCUCAGUAAGUUGGAACCUUUUUUGGUGUUGGUCACAGUUUUGACUUAUAUCCUCAUGUACUAGGGAAUUAGGACAAUGCUUUAGUUUCUAACAAAAAAAUAAGUGUGGAAUUGGAGAGCAAGAAAGUAGAAAUAUUUUUAGAA